GUGAAAUAUAGUUGGCAGUGCUUAGCAGUCAUUCCCAAGCAUACAGAAACUCAACGCAACCUUUUUUGUCUUCAUCAUCCCUUCCAAAACUUCGUCAGUGACAGUGACCAUCGUAACCAUCUAAUCGUUCUGUAUUGGCACCUAUGAUGCUUUUCGAAGUAUUCAUAUUUAUAACGGUUAUUUCAAUCAAAGUGUCGUCAGAUGAUGGAGGUUGGAAGAAGUACAAGGACCAUAGCUACAAGGCGUUCGAUGGUCAGCUGAAUUUUUGCAAAGCUGAAGAGGAAUGCAAUAAAAUGAAUGCCAACCUAGCCUCAAUUCAUAGCGAUGGAGAAGAAAACUUUAUUGUUGAUCUUCUGAAGAAGCUGAAAACGAAACAAAAAAUUGCUUGGAUAGGAAUGUAUAGAAAGCCAGGUACCAAAUGGGGAUGGACCGAUGAUACCAAAAUCGAUUACAACUUGUGGAACCAAGGGGAACCAAACAAUCUGCUCCACAAAGAAUACUGCGUUUGGAUGUUCACGGGAACACACAAAGUCGGAAAGUGGAAUGACGACCUAUGCCGCAUAAAAGGGAACUAUGUGUGUAAGAAGUAAACGAUGGAGAGGUUGUUGUAAUAGCCAUUAUUGCCACUGCUGCAGCCAUAGUGUGUUAUGCGUAUAAAUUAGCAUUUUUGACUUUGUCAAAAAGUAGAUGAAAUUUUCAGUUAAUUGAGAAGUUGGUGAUGUUUGAGGCAGAGUAUUUUCACCAUCGUAAAGAAGGAAA